AUGUGUCAUGAUCAUUUCUAUAUCGAGCUCGGUCCACUAAUAAAUUUUGUUGUUGGGAAGAAUGGAUCCGGCAAAAGUGCGGUUCUCACAGCGAUCACUUUGUGCUUAGGUGGUAAAGCGUCUGCCACCAACCGUGGGCAAAGUCUGAAAAGCUUUAUCAAGGAAGGCAAGGAGAGCGCGACUAUUGUGGUGCGCAUCAAGAACCAAGGGGAUGGGGCUUACAUGCCAGAUGACUACGGCAAAUCCAUUGUUAUCGAGCGCUACUUCUCGAAAAAUGGCACAAGUGGAUUCAAAAUCAAAUCUGAGAGUGGCCGCAUCGUCUCUACCAAGAAGACAGAGCUGGACUCCAUCAUCGACUACUUCACCUUGCAAUUUGACAACCCGAUGAAUGUUCUUUCUCAGGAUAUGGCUCGGCAAUUUCUAAGCUCGUCUAGCCCCAGUGAUAAGUACAGAUUCUUCGUGAAAGGGGUUCAAUUAGAACAACUUGACCAGGACUAUCGUCUCAUCGAAGAGUCGGGAGAUCAGAUUGAGGCAAAGCUCAAGAGCAGAGUGCAAGACAUCACGAUUCUGAAAAGUCGUCAGGACGCCGCAAAACGGAAAUUAGAACUAUCCGACCAGCAUGAGUCUUUACGCAAUCGCAUUCGAAAUAUUCGGAACCAGAUGGCUUGGGCUCAGGUGGAGGAACAAGAAAGGAUCCAGGACUCAUUAAAAAUAGAAAUGCUAAGAGCCGACGAAGCUAUAGCUACUGCUGAGGCAGGACUUGAAGACUAUGAACAUCGUAUACAAGAGGCUGAGAGAGAAACGGCACUUGCGGCCGAAUUCGUUCAGCAAGCUACUUCCAAGCUCGAGGAUUGUCUGACAAGUAGGGAUGAGAUCAAACAAAAGAUGGAAGCUCAACUGAGUGAACGGCACGGUCUACAGGCUGAACAACGCCAGAUCAGAGAGUAUCUGAAAGCUGCAGAGACUAGGAUUGCUGAAACUCAGAAGAACCUUGCAAAAGAGCACCAGCGCUUAGCCGACAUAAGUGGGGGAAGUUUCAUCAGAAAGCAAGAGGAACUCGAGCGAGCAAAGUCUGGGGCAGAAGAUGCCCGAUCUCGAUGCAAGGAACACGACGCUGAGAGAAAUCGUCUAUAUGAACAGAUAGGUGAUGCCGAGAAGGAGGUUCACUCAGCUGCUGCUCCUUUAAAUAGAAUGAAAGCCGACAUCGAGCAAGCACAGUCGGUCUUGGAAAACUUGAGUAGAGAGGGUGGGGCGAGAAAUUCUGGGUUCCACGAAAGAAUGCCAGUACUGAUCAGAGCGAUUGAACGAGAAGGGUCCUUUGGCAGACGGCCUGUAGGCCCUAUUGGGCAUCAUGUUAGCCUGCUGAAGCCAGAAUGGUCAUCUAUCUUGGAAAACUCAUUCGGUACGACCCUGAGCAGCUUUAUUGUGACUUCGAAAAGAGACAUGAACAUUUUGUCGGGUAUCAUGCAGAGAGUCAAUUGCGACGGCCACAUUGAUACAUCAGAACACGAACCAGAUUCUGCUUAUGACACAGCCUUGCGGAUCGACGAUGAAUUGGUCCGUCGACAGCUAAUAAUCAAUCAUGGAAUAGAGCAAAUGUUACUCAUACAGAACCUGGAAGAGGCAUCCUACAUUCUGUUCGAUGGACAGAAACCACGCAAUGUGAAGAGAUGCUACUGCAUUGACCCCAUCAACAAAAGACGGGGAUUUCACCUUUCUUAUAGCAGAACUGGUGAGCCGAGCCAGGCGCCGGUGCCAGCCUACAAUGGAAGUCCCCGGAUGAACUCCGACCUUGCGUCCCAGAUCAGCAUGCAGAAAGAUGCACUUGCAGAUUUGAGAAAGAACCUCAGUGAUCAAGAGCAGUUGGUGCGAUCCGCUCGAUCUACUCUCGAAAGCUGCAAACAGGCACGUGUGAGGCAUGACAGGAAAGGCAGCGAACUACGCAUUGCAGCACAGAAAGCAGAAGACCUUAUUGAGGAGAUAAUCGAAGCACUUGACAAAGAAUCUGUGGAAGAUGGACGCAUCGAUGUGCUUCGGACCACUCUGGAAGAAGCUGAAGAAGAGAAACGCCUAAACGAGGGGUCCUUAUAUGACGGGAUCGAGGCAAUGGAUGCCAUGAUGAAAAUGUUGAAAGCGACCAAACAAGAGCUUUCGGCCAAAGAGGCAGAGGUUUCUGCUCGAGAAGCAGAGCUCAGGUUGGCUCAAAACGAAGAAAACAUGACUAUGGAAAGUCGCCGAAGAUCAAUACGUGAGAAAAACGCAGCAAUUGAACAGAUCAACGAAAGCAAACAAGGCAGGGCUCGAAUACACCAGAAAUUGGAAGAGAUCAGUGCACGAAUUCUUGACUUUAGCGAGAAAGCGAGCUUAGUUUCGCCACGAGUCGCAAUAGCUGAGGGUGAAACGGCCGCUAGCCUGGACAAGAAGCUCGAAAGGCUCCAUAUGGAUCUUAGACGAUACAAUCAGGAGUUGGGAGCGACUCGCGAGGAACUUGCCGCUCAGGCUUUUAAGGCCAAAGAAGCCUAUGAACAGGCAUUAAAACAAGUGCUUAAAACAACUCUUGAUCAUCGCAAAAAACGCUGGCGAAUUUUCAGAUCGCAUAUUUCCUCGCGCGCCAAGGUGGAACCUGAUAUAACAAAGGACAGUGCGGGCCGUGGCGCAAAGACUCUUUCUGGCGGCGAGAAGUCUUUCUCUCAAGUAUGCCUGCUCUUGGCAUUGUGGGAGGCCAUGGGAUCCCCAAUCCGUUGCUUAGACGAAUUCGAUGUGUACAUGGAUCACAUUAACAGGAAAAUGGCUAUUGACAUGCUAAUGCUCGCAGCGAGGCGGUCAAUUGGACGGCAGUUCAUACUCAUAACACCCGGUUCCAGGGCUGAGAUCAGCCUGGCACCGGAUGUUCGCGUGAAGGAGUCUGAAUCUGUUAGGGAUACGAGCUCGGAUGCGAAGUGGAAGGAACAAUUAAACGUCCCUGCCAAGGACGCGAGACCACAGACCGAGGAUGUGACUGCUACGAAAGGUUUAGAAUUUGAAGAUUUCUAUAUCAAACGUGAACUCAUGAUGGGAAUCUUCGAGGCUGGUUUUGAGAAACCAUCUCCUAUCCAAGAAGAAACGAUACCCGUCGCCCUUACCGGCCGAGACAUCCUAGCGCGAGCCAAGAAUGGUACUGGGAAAACAGCGGCUUUCGUCAUCCCAACUCUCGAGCGCAUUAAUCCCAAAAGCACAAAAACACAGGCUCUCAUUCUGGUGCCCACGAGAGAAUUAGCCCUUCAGACCUCUCACGUCUGUAAGACUCUGGGGAAGCAUCUUGGCAUCAACGUUAUGGUCACUACGGGCGGGACAGGACUGAUGGAUGACAUCAUCCGGUUGAACGACGCUGUCCAUAUUCUUGUUGGAACUCCUGGAAGAGUGUUGGACUUGGCGAGCAAAGGCGUUGCUGAUCUCUCUGAAUGUCCGACAUUCGUAAUGGACGAGGCUGACAAACUGCUAUCACCUGAAUUCACUCCAGUCAUCGAACAGCUGUUGUCGUUUCAUCCCAAGGAUCGUCAAGUAAUGCUCUUCAGUGCCACUUUUCCACUGAUUGUGAAAUCUUUCAAGAUCAACCAGUCCAUCAUCUUCUGUAAUUCUACCAAUCGGGUGGAGUUGCUUGCGAAAAAAAUCACUGAAUUGGGGUAUUCAUGCUUCUACUCACAUGCAAGGAUGCUUCAACAACACCGAAACCGAGUAUUCCACGAUUUUCGGAACGGCGUUUGCCGUAAUCUCGUUUGUUCGGAUCUCCUGACCCGCGGUAUCGAUAUUCAAGCCGUCAACGUUGUGAUCAACUUCGAUUUCCCUAAAAAUGCUGAAACCUACCUUCAUCGGAUUGGUCGUUCGGGUCGCUUUGGACAUCUUGGGCUUGCCAUCAAUCUCAUCAAUUGGGAUGACCGUUUCAACUUAUACAAGAUUGAACAGGAACUAGGAACAGAAAUCCAACCUAUCCCUCAGAACAUCGACAAGAAGCUCUACGUUUAUGACUCGCCAGACACAAUCCCACGCCCCAUCGCGAAUCCAUCACACCCGCAGAUAACUUCGGCGGUCACGGAUCCAGCCACUGUGGAUCGCCGCCCUACUCAUGCAAAUGGUGGGCAUCAUCAAUUCCACCGAGGUCGGGGCUCAUACCGUGGAGGUCGGGGACAAGGUCAACGUCGGAGUGUUCAUAACGACUCGAAGCAAUUCAACGCUUCUCAGGGCCAUCCCAGCGGCAAACCUCACACUACACCAGUGUCAUAA